GCUCUGAAAGCACUUCCGGUUCAUAAAUUUUUCUCAAUAAGUCGCAAUAGCUGAAAUAUUUUUCGUCGACAUAAGUUAAUAUUCUACGUUACAAACUGUUAAAAGCUAUCGUGUAUUUGUUUCUAAAAUGCGGAGUAAUUCCGGUUGUCGAAAUAAGAUAGAAGAUGAGUUUUGGAGUUUGUUUUACAGUGAAAACGGAAGUUGUUGUUGUUUGCUCACUGCUCGCACUAACGUGUUCUGACAACAACAGACUGGCUGGCUGGUGAUGGAAAGAGAGGAAGCUGUAGGCUUAUUUAACUAGUUAAGUAAUGUAUAGAUUGUCCAUGAGUUGUCAAAGCCAUGGAUAGGUUGUCUAGUUGUUAAAAAACAGCCAGUGUUUGCUGGGUUGAACGGUCGUGUGUCCAGUAUGAGCGCAUCAGCUGGGGACAGAGAGCCUGGGAUCCCCUUGGAUAAUGUAAAGGAAGAAAUCAGUGGCCCUACCUGCACAGGAGAGAGCAGCAAACAUGACUCUGCAGUAUGCACAGGAAACAGUGAAAUAAAGAGCCGUGCCGUGGUCAAGUACUCUGCCGCCCCACCUCCUACCAGCUAUGCCCUUUUGCAGGAGAAGACAGACCUGAAGCUGCCUCCUGCCAACUGGCUGAGAGAAAACCCCCAGCUGGGCAGUGCUGGCACCACUGUAUUAGGGUCCAGCAGCAAGAGCAAGCCCUUUUCCAGUUUUGGGAUGGCUUAUGACUUCAUUGAUUGCAUCGGGGAUGAUGUUGACGUGGUAUCAGACUCAGAGAACAUCAAGAAGCUUUUGAAAAUUCCCUACAGCAAGUCCCACGUCAGUAUGGCUGUUCACCGCGUGGGGAGGACAUUGCUUUUGGAUGAGCUGGACAUUCAAGAGCUCUUCAUGAGAUCCUCUCAGACAGGAGACUGGACAUGGCUAAAAGAGUUUUACCAGCGACUAAUAGAUCAGAAGUGGCAGAGGAAAAAGAAGAGUAAAGAGCACUGGUAUCAGAAAGCAAUCCUGUCAAAGUUCCUCUAUUACAGUAUAAAUGGUGACGGGGCUGCAGAGCCUGUACCAGGCAACCUGAAUGAAGGGGAGGAGGAGAACAGGGCAGAGGAGUUCAGUUCUUCAUGGCCCACCGCCUUCACCAGCACAUCGUCUGAUGCAGAAGAAUCAGAUGCUCCCAAACAGGAAAGUGUUUCUGUGGACAGCAAGUUUGCUCUGGGCCAUGUGACAUCUGUACCCAAAGAGCAAAACCUCCCUAUGCUCUUCAACGAAGGGGAGAACAGUCAGGGUUUAAGAAACGACUUUGUGCGAAACAUCAUGUGGACAUUUGAGGAUAUCCACAUGUUGGUUGGGUCCAACAUGCCUAUUUUUGGAGGUGGUCGCUAUCCUGCCGUCAGUCUGAGACUCAGGGACAACAAUAAGCCAAUCAACAUUCUGACAGGUAUUGAUUACUGGCUUGACAAUCUGAUGUGUAAUGUCCCAGAGCUUGUCAUGUGCUUUCACGUCAAUGGCAUUGUUCAGAAAUACGAGAUGAUAAAAACAGAGGACAUCCCUCAUCUGGAGAACUCGACUUUCUCCACAAGGGUGGUGAAAGACAUCGCCCAAAACAUCCUCUCCUUCCUCAAGUCCAACUGCACCAAAGAGGGUCACACCUACUGGCUUUUCAAGGCAAGUGGGAGUGACAUUGUGAAGCUUUAUGAUCUUACUACUCUGUGUGAGGAGGCUGAAGAAGAGAAAUGUCAGAAUCCCUUUACUCUUCCUGUGGCUGUGUUACUAUACAAAGUUGCCAGCAACUUGAUGCUGAAGGCGAGGCAAAACAGAAAGCACUAUGGCACAAUCAGAACUCUGCUCUUAAACUGUGUCAAACUUCUGGAUCAGGAGAGGCAUCCCCAGAUCAUUGCCUCCGCCCACUACAUGCUGUCAGAGCUGUUCCAGCUCGACGAGCCUCCCCAAGAAGAUGGAGGGGAGUCGCUUCGGGCCGGCGGCUCAGAGGACAGCUACAGCGACGAAGACAGGGAGGAGGAGGAGGAGGAGGAGGAGGAGGCAGAGCUGACGGAGGACAGCGAUGAGAACGGCUCCUACAGCUCUUGCUCCAGCCCACAGGAUGAUAGCAAAGCUGUGGCUGUGAUCCGCUCUGUAGGGGAGCUGUCUGUCCCUGAGAAAUACAAGUCCACUCACCAGAUCAGACCAAGUUGUGCUUUCCCUGUUUCUCAAGACAAGGAGGAGAAAUGCAGACAUGUCCUGAGCUACGUACUAAAGGGGCUGAAGGCAGUGGAUGGCACCAUCAAGAAGGAGAGUGAUCUCCCAGCUGCAGACCCUAACACACCCAUUCCUCUCAAAUAUGAGGACAGAAGUGCAAUCGGAGCCUGCGCUGCUGAGACAGGCAUCUCUCUUCUUCUUGAAAGAGCGGGGCCAUUGCAGGCGGACCAGAAGCACCCAACACGCUCAGGGAUGAUCCCCGGCACGUGGCAGCACCGUAUGAAGCUGCAACUCUUCCUCAAAGCUUCCAAGGCCUACUACGUCCUGUCUGAUGCAGCCACUAACCUGCUGAAGUACGGGCGAGCCUUGCGCUACAUCAAGCUAUCUCUGCAGUGUUAUGAUGCCUAUUGUUCAGUGAGCGGUACGCUGCACCCGCAGGUGCUGCAGUUUCACAGCCAGUGCCUGUCUCUGUGUGGGGACAUCCAGCUGAUGUUGGCCCAGAAUGCCAAAAACAGAGCAGCUUACCUGGAGGAAUACAGCUACCAGACCAAAGAGGACCAGGAGAUCCUGCACAGCUUGCACAGAGAGUCCAGCUGCCAGGCCUUCAACAUGGCAACAGACCUGGCCAUGGACCCAGAGUACCAGCUGUUUGUUAGCAGUAAGUGCUAUGAGGCAGCGUAUGAACUGCUUGUCUCUGAGGCUUUGAAAGAUCAUGCCUCUGAUCAGCUGGCUCAGUUGCUCAAAAGGCUGGGAAACAUCCGCAACGAGAUGGGAGUCUACUAUAUGAACCAGGCUGCAGCCAUGCAGACUGAGAAAGAAGUGAAGAAGUCUGUGUCCGUAGCAGAGCAGGAGAUGUGGAAAAAGAGUUUUGCCUUCUUUGAGAAAGGCAUGAAGGACUUUGAAGCCAUUGGGGACAGCACCAACACAGCCCUGCUGCUGUGUAAUACUGGUAGGCUGAUGAGAAUCUGUGCUCAGGCCCACUGUGCUAUCUCUGCCGACCAGAGCAGAGGGGAGUUCUCACCUGAAGAGGCCCUCUACUACAACAAGGCCAUAGACUACUACUUGCGGGCUAUGAAGUCACUGGCAAGCCGAGAGAGCCACCCAGCGGUGUGGGACAGUGUAAACUGGGAGCUGUCCACUACCUAUUUCACCCUUGCUACACUUCUGCAGGACUACGCCCCGCUGUCCAGGAAGGCCCAGGAGCAGAUCGAGCGCGAGGUGACGGAGGCAAUGAUGAAGUCGCUGAAGUACUGUGACCUGCAGACUGAGUCGGCUCGUCAGCCGCUCUACCAGUACAGAGCUGCCACCAUCCACCACCGUCUGGCCUCUAUGUACCACAGCUGCUUCCGCAACCAGGUGGGGGAUGAACACUUGAGGAAGCAGCAUCGGAGCCUGGCAGAGCUUCACUACAGCAAGGCUGUCUGUUUGUUCCUCAGCCUCAAAGAUGCACCCUGUGAGCUGCUCCGCACGCUUCUGGAGAGGGUGGCCUUUGCUGAGUUUACUAUGGCAGGUCAGAGCAGCAGCGUGGCUAAGCUGAAGAGCCUGACUGGAGCGAUAGAGAUCAUGACAGAAACUCGCUAUGCUUUCCAGCUGAUUCAUAAAGAGCUGCUGGAGGAGCAGAUAGAUUUGAGUGAACCAGACCCUGCUGAAUCAGCAGAGUCUCCUGACGUGGCCAGUGGCCCCACCGCAGGACUGAACCUCGAAGAAGUGAUGAAGUUAAUUGGCGUGUUUGAGCCAAGUUUCUCCUUCCUGCUGCUGCAGCUGAUCAAACUGAUGACAACAAUGAAACGGAAACCAAGCAAUAAGGACGAGGAGCUGUUGAAAACCUAUAAGAAUGUGUACUCCAAGCUGCUGCGAGCUGAGAAAAACGCACCACUCCUCAGCCGUCUCAUGCUCCACAUAGAGCUCUUGCAGCAGCUGAACCCGCAAACAGGAAGUGAUGACACGGGUACGCAUUCAUGAUAAUGACAAACUGUAGCAAGGAAGACACUCAAGACUCAACUCUGCUUCUCUACACCUCACCGGACAUCCAAGAUCAACUCUGGGGAAGACUUGACACCUGUCUUCUCAAAAAUGCUGUGACAGGAAACUAUUUAUAAACACCAUUAUUAACUGGCACAUGCUCAGGCAACACUGUCUUACUCUGAAUUACAGUUUCAAAGCUAAUUUCACCUCCUGCGCCUUUAAAAUGAAUACAUCUUUUUCUAACAUUUGCAUCACAGGUUUUGAAUUGUACAUUUUUGUGAAAAGAGUUGUAAAUUCAGAAGAUUUUAUUUAAUUUUCUUAUUGCUUAUUGCUGUUAUGGGUCAUAUGUAAAGCUCCUAUGUGUAGGAUUUGUUGUUGACUGUACCAAACAUCACCUGGAUUGCCUAAUUUUUCUACAAACAAAAACAUAUGGCAUAAGAAACAUUUCAAAGAUGGUAUAAUCACAUAUAACUUCAACGCAUAGUUUCUUAGAUAAAUCAUUCAGUACAUGCUCAGAAAAAUGAUUAUUCAUUUAAAUAUAUAAUUGGUGUUUUUGAUAUUCAGUAAUACCAAUAAUGCUGUGAAUAAAAUAGAAUGAAGUGUGAUUGAUGGCUGACAAGUUAAAAUAAGCUCAAACGCAGUACUUGCUUUCCAAAACAGUGUGCAAUAGUUUGGCAACAUUCAAUACAAACUCAGAGGCUAGUUUGUCCAUAUUGCUGUAUGUAUAAUGUGAGUUUAUAUCAGCAUGGUUUGCUGUGACAUGAAAAUAAAAGGUUUUUAAAUUUUAA